AUGAUCCACUCUCUUUGCGGCGGAACUGGAUCAGGUUUGUCAACAAAUUUCCAAUCUAUUAUCUCAAAUGACUUCCAAGAUAAAAUUACCGCUAAUUACUGCUUAAUACCAAGUCCCUCUGUAAGUGGGAACGUUUUAGAGCUAUAUAAUUUCAUAUUAUCUCAUCAUUAUAUUUCCGAAAGUUCAAUUCUUACUGUCUAUUUUGAUAACGAGGCAUUAACCGACAUAUGCUUCAGAUCAAUGAAUAUUACGAAACCUACAUACAGCGAUCUUAACAGUUUGAUAUCGAAAUCAAUUUCAGGAAUUACUUCAUCAAUGCGUUUUCCAGGCAUGCUAAAUUCAGAUAUGCGAAAAUUGGCAACAAAUCUUACCCCAUUUUAUCGUAUGCAUUACUUCGUUAGCAGCGUUGCCCCUUUAACUCCUGAAGGAGUUAAACAAACAAUUCCAUCAAUUACAACAGAUCUUUUUAAUACCAAAAAUAUUCUUGUUUCUUGUAAUUGCAAGAAAGGUAUUUAUUUGUCGGCAUCUGCUAUUUUUAGAGGAAGAUUUUCAUCAAGAGAAGUUGAAGAACAAAUGAACAACAUUCCAUCCAUAAAUUCAUCCUAUUUUUGUAGUUGGAUUCCUUCUAACAUUCAAACUGUUGAAUGCAAUGUUCCUCAUCCAGGGUGUAACAUUUCUGGUACAUUUAUAGGUAAUUCAACUGCUGUUAAAGAAAUUUUUAAUAGAAUCGAUCAGAAUUAUUCUAAAAUGUUUGAUAAGGGAGCUUAUGUUCAGCAUUACAUGAAAAAUGAUGAAUUUGAUCUUUAUGUUUUUGAUGAUUGCAGAUAUGAUAUUAAGGAUUUAUCCAGCCAAUGCGAAUUGUAUGAAACUGCUGAUGUAGAUGAAGAUGAUUCUGAUGUAUAUGAAGAUGUAUAUGAUGUAGAUGAAGAUAAUUCUGAAGAAGAAGAUAUUGUGGAAGAAUAA